CCGCCGGGGCCGGGCUGGGCGCUUGGCACAAGGGGGUAGGGGGUGCGGGGAGAGAAAGUCUCGCGACCGAACAAAGAAGCGGAGGGAGGAGACUGCCGAGCCCCGCCUCGCCCGGGGAGCCCCGCUCCGGGAGCCCCUCUCGCCGGCGUCCACCCCCGAGCCGUCCGCAGCCGCCGCGACGGAGCCUACCCCGGACCCACCCGAGGGGCGAGAGCGCGGUCCGAGAGCGGGAGGGCGGCGGGGCCCGUCAGUCCGGUCCGCCCGCCCGGACGACACCGUCGGUCCGCGGGCGCCCAGGCGCCUCCACCGCGCCGAGCCCCGGGGCUGUCAAUCCAGGAAGCGCCACCCCAGCGACCCCCGCGGUAAAAUGGGGGGGGCGCGACCAAGGAACUGCCCUCGGCCUCCGCGACUGCGCCCCUCCCGCCAGCAUCCCCCCGCCGCCACAGCCCACCGCCCGCUGAGGCAGGGCUGGGGUCGCCCCCGGGCUGACGAGGGGGGACGCCGACAGCACCCCCGGCCCAGUCCCCAUCGCGAACAAAGAAACCCCGCGGUCCCCGCGAGCCCACUCACCGCGCCGGAGCCGCGCCUCCACCCGCCCGCGGCGUCGCGGUCCGGCGACCACCGGCGACCGCGGGCCACGGCGGGGGCGUCCGAACCGGUCUCCGGAGGCCGGGGACCCGCCGCCUCAGCGCUGCCCGCGGACCUGCAUCGGACCCUUCCCCCAGCCCCUGCCGCCGCCGCCGCCUCACAGCCCGCGCUUCAUCCUGCUCCGCGGCGCCCACCCUCCAGCUGGGGCGCAGCGCCGACCCCGCGAGCCCAGUCCCCGGCGGGCACCGCUGCCUCCACCGCGGAGGCCGGAGCGGAUCCCGUGUUUUUGUUUUGAGUUUUCGACGCCCCCAAGGGGGCGGGGCACGUGACUCCCCGCGGAGGGAUCCGCGGUGCCGCUGAAGCCUUUGAAAAAGAGUCCCGCCCUGGGCCUGGGUCCAUGGCCGGGUUUGCGCCCUCCUUUUCCCCCCUGGGCCUGGCCGAGCCACCUGUCCCUCUCGAUCCCGGGCGGAAGGUGGAGAGCUGGAAGUCGGCUUUCUGCGACUGAUCCGGGGACGGGGAAGGAAAGGGACCGGUAGGUUGGCGAGGCGGAAGGAGACAGCUUCUGGUCGCAGUGCACCUUUUAAAGGUCCCCAUUUGUUUUGCUCUUGCUGUUUUGAAAAGUCCGCCCAAAGCAGCCCGCUCUCCGAUUGGAUACUGGUCGAGCGAUUAGAACGCGGAGCAGCUGAUGCAAUCUCGAGUCCGGAUUGGCUGGCCGAUUUGUCUUCGAGUCCUCUGAUUGGCUUUUGUCUUAUCCGGAGCUUCUAUCUUCCAAGGGGCCUUAGCAACGCGGCAGCCCGGGUUGCGCAUGCGUGAAGCUCCGCAGGCAGAAAGACCUGACCCUGGGGUCCCGGCCUUGGCGACCGCCGCCGCCAGUCCCUACGGUGUCCCCCUCCUGCCCCCAGAGAGCUGUGGGAGCGGGACAGCCUUUAUUCCGUGCUGCCGCCCCCUUUACCGGGAGCCGGGACUGCAGGCCAGGAUCUGCAGCAACGCGGGGGAGGGGCAUUGGAGAGCGAAUCCUGCUUGGGGAGACGGGGCCUUGUUCGGGGUUUUGGAAAAGAACGAAAAUUCCAUUAACAGGUGACUUUUAAAUGGUUUGCGCUGUUUCUGUGGCUGUGCUACUGCUUCUUUCCUGCUCUGUGCCCACCUCCUAGGUUCACAGUCUCAGAUGUCACUGAGGACAAGUUCCCUGUAAUUUUGUGCAAUACUUCUGUGAUUUUUUAAACAUCGUUAAAGCUAUUGUUUUUAUUUGACAUGAACUUUUUUGCUGGAAAUCUAUGCUGAAAAACAUAAAUAAGGGUAGGCAACUAACAUGGAAAAUAAAACUAAGAUUAGAAUUGCACAGAGGGCAGCUCAUUGCAGUGUAUAAAGAGGCUCCAGAGAGAGACAGAAAGCAGCUGGACAGAAAACAUGCAGCAUGAGAGUAAGGAGAGUAUGUGGCCAAAACACAACGGAGCUUGGGGACUUUUUUCAAGUAGGAGGGCAAAGGUAGAAAGGAACAUAAGAUAUAAAAUAAGGGAUGUGAAAGAGGAAAUGUAAAAUUGUGCGGUAGAUUUUUUAAAUAGAGAUGGCAUAAGGCCAAAAGGAAGAGAUCAGAAAUUGUCCUUGACUGAGAUCACUGACUGUUAGAAAGUUAUACAAACUGUAUACUAUAUGAUAUUUCAUAAUUGGUAAUUUUUUUUUUGUAUCUUUUAUCAGGAAGACUGUUCAAAGAUGAGCAGUUCUCUAAGAAAACAAGAAAGCUUGCUAGGAGGUGUUCAGUUUCCUGGUCUUGGCAGACUCUGUUCAGUACAGGAGAAAAGAAGGAUCCAAUGGUCCCAAACGGAGCCCCUUGUCCACUUCAGUCCACUUACCUAAGAUAAAGGAGAUGGCAGUCAUUAAAAAAUAUUGGUCAACUGUAACUACUUGAACAUCAUCCUUUGUUUCAAAAUACCUCCUUUCAACAAUGAUGAUAUUCUGGGACAGAAAA